UCACUGACUGGCAUAAUGGCAAACAGGUAUAACAAAUAUCUCUCAGUCCAAUAUAAAAUCUGUGAAAUCUGUGAUUCUUCACAAAGGUAACUAACUACUGAUGGUAGAUGGAGGCACCAGGUUGCUCUGUAACGGUAACUGUCACAUAAACCACACAUACAAAUCCUAGAACACCAUAAUCUUGUGGGUAAAUUAUGUUGUUGCAUAGGGGCAACAUACUGAAAGCAAAAGACAGCAAUUCAUGUUUCUAUACCCUACUGGUUGGAUGGCUGAGGAAUCAGGGUUCAGUUUCCAGCAUGGCUGUAACCAGAAUCUUACAUUCCAGACACCUUCACAGAUGAUUUCCUUCCCACUUGCCAGGCAGGUAGAGGCCAACAGUCAGUCAAGCCACCGAUCCCCAUAUCAGCGCUCAGGGCUGUCAACCCCAAAACAGACUUGUCUGCCAACCAUCAUGUCAGCCAAGUGUGCUGCUGGUUGUACAUUUUGUAAGCUGUUCCAGUGGAUUCGUCAACACAUUCUCUUGAAAACUGUCACCUUGCGAGCACUUUCCAACACUAGAGCUGCAACAUCUGACGAGUGCUAUAUUGUUCUCCCUGGAUUGAGGCUUUAUGUGACAAGGUGUGGUCAGGAAAUCCCUGGUAGGGAUACACUUGAGCCAUACAAAAGGAAAAGAAAAUACGACCACCAGAUUUAAUUAUUUUUAUUUGAAUGAACUACUUAAAAUACACAAAGUAACACAGUCAGAAAGGCAGGAAAAACAGCGAAUAAAAUAGUGAGAUCAUGUUUCAUAUUUGAAGACCAUUAUAAGAUUUUAAAUUCUCAUCUAUGGCUGACUGCUGUGUACAUCCUAGCUCAUUAACUUACCAGAACUGGAGGAAAUAUUUUGAAAUGUGCAUCAUAAUCUGUCUUUGAGUAUGUACAAUUUAACAGCAACUAUACAGAUCUCUCAUCAGAAAAAUUAAGAAAAAAAAAAUUAAUGUUCAAAUUAGAGACCAUGAUAGCCUGGAUAAAGUGACACUAUGCAGAGGGCAUUUGACACAUAGCAAUCAAGGAAUAAAAAGUGUGGGACGUAAGAUACAAGCAUUCCUUCUGUGUACACUACUAAUUUUAUGUGACAUUACUGCACAGUACAGAGACUUUUAUAUACACCUGUGUUACAAUAAAAAUGAGUUUUAAGACAUACUAUAAUGUAAGGUGUAACAAGUACAACUAAGAAAUAAAUUAACACACCAUGUAAGUGAAAUGACAAAAUGUCAUGUAGUGAUACUGAAUUUCAAAUUAAUUGUCCACUUUCUUGACAACGAAUAAAAAAUAAAAUACUGGAAUGACAUUAUGCUGGAAUACAACGCAUGUCAGUAAUAUCAAAGUCUACAGCUGCAUUGAUCUCGUGCUUCCUCAUCACAUAACGGACACCAAAGACGUCCCACUUCCGGCCUCAGUAUUCAACUGGACCAUGAACAACCAACCUGAGGAAUUUUUCACCAUUUAAAUU